UUAUUGAGUUGUGUUUACUUAGAACUUAAUCAAAUGGAUGACUUAUUCGCUCAGACGAAACAUCACUUUUCGCUCAGCUGAAAAAAUACGCUCCUCCCCGCUGAGACACACGAACAAACACACUUCAUUUAUCUUCCUUUGAACAACGAGUCCUCUUUGACGGACCAAAGAAAGCAAGGCGGUCGACUUCUUCUCGGGCAGAGUUUUUCUUUGGAUCUACAACUUCACUAUUCGGUUCGAAGGGAGAUCUCACGAUGGCAGACAAUUUGAAGACACCGGUGAUGCAGUUUGACAGAACGGAUUACGGAUUCUGGAAGUUGCAGAUCGAAGAUUACCUGUACGGUAAAGAUCUGUAUCAACCUCUGGAUGAUAAGUCGGAAGAUAUGAAGGAGAGCGAUUGGAAGUUGCUGGACAUACAAGCGAUGAGCGUGGUUCGAUUGUCGCUAUCCAGAAACAUGCCCUACACAUCGUCAAAGCAAAAACAACAAAGGAGAUGUUGCAGAUAUUAUUGGAUAUGUACGAGAAACUGUCCGCUGCGAACAAGGUUCACCUAAUGAGGCGUCUUUUUAACUUAAAGAUGUCAGAAAGUACGGGAGUUGUGGAGCAUCUCAACGAGUUCAAUUUAAUCACCACACAUAUGAGCGCGGUUGAGAUCAAAUUCGACGACGAGAUUCAUGCCCUAAUUCUGCUGUCUUCUCUCCCGGAAAGUUGGAACAAAACGGUGACUGCAGUCAGCGCUUCGGCAGGGAAGGAGAAACUGAAAUUUGAUGAAGUCAGAAAUCUGGUGGUCAGCGAAGAAAUUCACAGGAAGGAAUCAGGCUUGACUUCUGGAUCGACGUUGAGUACAGAGAACCGGGGCAGAACGAAGUCGAAGUCCAAAUCAAAUCAGGAUAGAUCAAGAUCGAAAUCCAAGUCAAACACCAAGGGCAAGAAGGACAGAAGUUAGAUCAAGUGCUGGAACUGUGAGGAGUACGGACACUUCAAGAGCCAGUGCAAGGAGCAGAUUAAGGAUCUGAAGGAGAAGACAUCAGCCAAUGCAGGGGCAGAAUCAUCUGGCGAUGAUCUCCUGAUCCUGAGCGUGAACAGUACGUUCGAGUCAUGGGUUCUGGAUUCUGAAGCUUCAUUCCAUUCAUGUGGUAAUGCUGAAGUGAUGGAACAAUAUACUCCCGACAAUUUCGGAGAGGUGUAUCUUGCUGAUGAUGGGCCUCUUAAAAUUGUCGGAAAGGGUACAGUCCACGUGAAGACUCCAAACGGAUGCAUGCUGAAACUGAAUGGAGUCCGACACAUUCCUGGUUUGAGGAGAAAUCUUCUUUCAAUUAGGCAGUUGGAUGAGGAAGGCUAUGCAGUUACAUUCAGCAGCAGAAAUUAAAAGAUCACCAAGAGAGCCUUGCUGGUUGCUAAAGGGAAGAAGGAGGCAACGUUGUACAUGACAACGAACUUUAAUGAUUGUAUUGAUGGUGCUACCGCUGCAGCAAAUGAUGUCAAUUUGUGGCACUUUCGUCUCGGUCACAUGAGCGAAAAGGGGAUGAAGGAGCUGUGUUCGAAGGGCAAACUGCCCGGCCUGAAGACUGUUGAGGUUGGCUUAUGCGAGGACUGCAUAUUAGGGAAACAGAAACGUGUCAAUUUCUCGAAGGGUAGAUAAGCUAUUAAACCGGAGAAGCUGGAACUAGUUCACAGCGACCUUCAGGGACCUGCAGAAGUUACAUCCUUAUUAGGAUCCGCCUACUACAUGACCUUUAUUGAUGAUGCCACAAGAAAGGUGUGGGCCGGGUUUAUUUUAUCACAAAUAAAUCUGAUGCCUUUGAUGCUUUCAGGAGGUGGAAAGCUCUUGUUGAGACAGAGAUAGGUCUGAAAUUGAAGUGCCUUCCGUCCGACAAAGGAGGUGAGUAUGAACUGCAUGAGUUCAAGAUGUUUUGUGUUGAGAAUGGUGGUGAUGACUAUGAAUACAGAUUCUGGGAUGAUCAGAAAUGGAAGAUUGUUCGUAGCCGAGAUGUAGUGUUCAAUGAGCAGGUUAUGUACAAGGACAGAUUGAGUGCUCCUGAUUCUGAGCAAGAAAGUCCGAAGAUCAUAGAGUUGAAUAUCUCUAAUUCGGGUGGGAGCAGGCAGGAUCAGAAUGAAGAGUUGAGUAGUGAUGAAGACCCAUCAACCCCACCAAGGCAGCGGCUUGCCAAAAACCGGAGAGCACCAAAUAGGUAUUCACCUUCUAAUUUCUAUUUGUUGCUUACUGAUGGUGGUGAAAUGGAGUCCUAUGCAGAGGCAGUUCGGGUUGAUGACAAGGGCAAGUGGAAGCUUGCAAUGGAUGAUGAGAGGGCAUCUCUCACAUCCAAUGAUACUUGGAGGUUAGUUGAGCUACCGCAAGGAAAGAAGGCUUUGCACUGCAAGUGGGUCUACCUCUUCAAGAAAGAUGUAGAUGGUAGCAAACGCUACAAAGCUAGGCUGGUUGUGAAGGGAUUCGAGCAGCGGUAUGGUAUUGACUACACCGACAUAUUCUCUCCAGUUGUGAAACUAACUACUAUUCAAUUAGUGUUGGGGUUAGUUGCUGCAGAGAAUUUAUUGUUACAUCAGAUGGAUGUGAAGACUACAUUCCUUCAUGGUGAUCUGAAUGAUGAGAUUUACAUGGUGCAACCGGAGGGCUACGUGGCAGAAGGCAAUGAGGAUCUCGUAUGUAAGCUAGUGAAGAGCUUAUAUGGGUUGAAGCAGACACCGAAGCAGUGGUACAAUAAAUUUGAUGGUUUCAUGAGGGACAUAAAUUUCUUGAGAUGCCACUCCGACAAUUGCUGCUACUACAAGAAGUUCGAGAACUGUUAUCUUAUCUUGCUGUUAUAUGUUGAUGAUAUGUUGAUUGCAGGAGCUAGUUCAAAGGAGAUUGAAAAGCUCAAGAAACAGUUGUCAGAAUGUUUUUCCAUGAAGGAACUUGGAUAGGCAAAGCAGAUUUUGGGCAUGCGAAUCGAGAGGGAUGAGGCAGCGGGCAGAUUGUUUCUUUCAAAGAAUACAUUCAGAAGGUCUUGGAAAGAUUCAGAAUGCAAGAUGCAAAGGCAGCAAUUGUACCAAUGGGUAAUCACUUCAAACUUAGCAAGGAAGAUUCGCCGAAGAACAAGGAGGAGCGUGUUCAAAAUGCAGAAUGUCCCAUUUGCCUCGACAAUUGGCAACAUCAUGUACGCUAUGGUGUGCACGAGGCCAGACAUUGCACAUGCGGUGGGAGUAGUGAGUAGAUACAUGGGAGACCCCGGGAAAGAACACUGGGAAGCUGUGAGGUGGAUCAUGAUGUAUUUGAAAGGUACUGCUUUUAAUGCUUUGUGUUUUGAUGGGAAGAAUGUAGAGCUGAUGGGACAUGUUGAUGCAGACCUGGCAUCAAAUGAUUCGGAUGGAUCAAGGAGCACCAUGGGGUAUGUUUUUACAUUUGGUGGAAUGAUAGUUUCUUGGCUUUCGCAGCUGCAGAAGAUUGUUGCAUUAUCUACCACUGAAGCUGAAUAUGUGGCCAUUACGGAGGCAAGUAAGGAGAUGGUGUGGCUUCAAAAUCUACUUGGGGAACUUGGGAAGGAGUACAAGAAUAACAUUCUUUACAGUGACAAUCAAAGUGUUAUCUUCUUGGCCAACAACUCAACUUUUCACGAGAGAACCAAACACAUUCGGUUGAAGUAUCACUACAUCCGUCAUCUUCUGGAGAUAGAGGAAUUGCAGCUUGUGAAGAUCCGUGGGAGUGAGAAUCCAGCAAACAUGUUUACUAAGGUGGUAACUGGUAACCUUGGAGAAAUUGAAGCUUUGCAUAGCUUUAAUUGGCCUUGGUACUUGAAGUUGAAGGCCGGCGCUACCAUGCUAACAAGGGAGGAUUUGAAGAAGACAGUCUCAAGGUGUGAGAUUGUAAGAUGUUAGAGACUGUAUAACCAAAGCUUUUCUGAAUUUAUUUUUGGAAACAUAUUUCUUAAAUUAUUUUUGGAAACGCAUCCUAGUUGCCUUGGGGUUAGAUUUUACUUCUCUAUAAAUACAAGCUCUCUCCCUUGUAAUCAUGUGUGGAUCCGAAAAUAGCAAUAAUAUUCCUGGCUUGGUAGCGCCCCCAGACGUAGUCAUUCGUGGAAAACUGGGUUACCAAAUUUCGUGUGUUCUUUAAUGGUUCUUCGUGUUGCGUAAAUUAAUUCCUAACACUUGCUGACUCACGCGGAUGGCCUGCCCACUUGUAUAAAUUAAACGUCUGUAAAUCCAGAUUGUAUGUUCAAUUAGUGCCACCUUCUAUACUCAACUCGAACCGCCAUUCUAGCUUAUCUGCUGCGGAAUUGAUCGAGAUAUAUGGCUACCCUUCAGAAUGUGAAGAUCCCUAUCACAAAAAGGAACCAAAGAAAUGAAAGAGGAAAGGCACCGAAAGCUCUUCCGACGGUGGACUCAGGCAAUCGGAAAGACAAAGAGGAGGCGGUAGCAUCAGAUACGCCCGAGGUUCCGCAUUCAAAUAGUAAGUUUAAAGAGAUACAACACUUACAAACUUCUUGUAUUUCUUGCGUAGUAUUUUUUACUUGCCGAUCAAACAUGUAUUUUUGUAGUUUUAUUUGUGGAAUUUUCAUUUGAUUAUAUAUGGAGACGUCAAAGGAGAGAUGAUUGUGCUGGGGAGAGAAAGAAGUCCAAGGUGGAAAUUAAGGAUGUCCCUGACCAUUAUGGACUUGAGCUUUUCAAGUAUGGGUGUUAUGAUCAACCAAUAAACCCUUAUUUUGUGACAAGAAUCCAUCAAGGAAAGCGCAAUGACUUGUACAUACCAAUGGAUGUGAUGAAGGAUAUUACAUUGCCUACAUCUAUAAUCCUGCGUGACCCGAGAGGAAGAGAAUGGAAAACGAAGACAAAGGUUUGGGGCGAUAGGCGAACGCAUUCAAAUUAAUUAUUGAAGAUAAUUGUGCAGUUAAAUAAGCACAAGAAUUAAUUUGAAUGCGUUCCCGAUUGAAGUUUUAGCUCAAAUUUGGUAUGAGUAAACUAGAUUUGAUGAAUGAGAUGCUAAAAAAUUUCAUCAAAAAAUUCCACCGGGAACCGCCCCAAAUCGCGACGGCCGGACAGAGCUUCCUAAAUAAAAACUUAAUUGAUUUUUUUAUGAAAGUUCGAGGACCUAUUUGACAGUUUUCCCAAUACACAACCUUCUACCUACUAAAUGAUUUAAAAAGUAUUUUUGAUUUAUGUAUAUGUAGUACUUUUUAUUUUUUAAUUAAUUGGAUUAUUUUGAAGUGGCUUUUCCUACUGUAUUACUCAAAUAAAGUUUAUGGAUAAAAAUGUGACUUUGUUACACUAUAUUUACCGUAUACAUACAGUCAUAGUCAGGGGCGGAGCCAAGGGAG